AUAGACAUGAGAUAGUUAGGGAAAAUGGCUGAUGAUGCAGUGGUCCGUGUUUUGACUAUUUUACGUAUAUUUUCGUAUUGACGUUCGACAUGGAAUUUAUUGAUAUUCCAAUAAACGAUUUUCAUUAUUUCAUAGCGGAUAAAGUGUUGUGAAUUAUAAGUGUGUUGUUAUAGUGUACGAAUUAAAGUAAUUAUUACUUGAGGUCCUGUCAAAACUUGUCUGAACCUGUCUAAACGUGAUUCUAUUCUAGCUGCCAUCGCGAAAUUUCAUUGCAAAUGCCUUAAAAUAUUAUUUUUGUAUAUUAAUAUCCGUAAACAAUGAAUUUAUAUCGAGAUAAAUUGAUAUAUGACAGAGCUAAUGAAUAAAUUGAAUGCCUUACAAAAUUCUAUAAAGUAAAAGUUUGCAAUGUGCAAUCAUUGUAUUAUUACGGUAUAAACAUAUUGAUACUGUUGAUACAGAACGUUAUACUAGAAAUAUCUUUGAGGCCAUAAAAUGCCUGUCUAUAGAGUUAACGAUGGGACAGCAUUUUGCUAGUCUCAGGGAAUUUUUUAAGAUGGAUGGUGAUAAACAAUCCGCAGAAAUAUAUUCUAAUGUAUUGCAACAACAAUCAACGUUGGAAAUGGUUGACCAAGAUGAUACAGAAAAUUUACCCAAUUAUGAGAAUAAUGGGAAUGUACCUGUCUUGAAUUCUAAUGUUAUUCCAAAUAGAGAGAGCAAAUCGGAAGGGAAUUUGGGAAAUCAUAAUUUGAAUUUAGAUCUAGAUAAUCACAAUUCUAGAUUUGAAUCUUUAUACAGUCAACCGGUGGAAACUCAGGACAUAAAACAAGUUCGUGGUAAUGGAAAUAUUAACAAUUCUGAGAUACCAUUCAGACAACAAGAGGCAUGUUGCAGCAGUUCUGGUGGUAGCAACAGUAGUAGUAGUUCCGAAGAUAGUCCAAGAACUCCUCCAUUAAGAAGAUCUUCAAAAACAUUGUCGUUCGGGAAAAGAAUAAGUAAACAACGGAACAAGGAUCAAAGUCCACUAUGUAAUCACAUUUUAUCUUCAAAAAAGAAAAGAAGUAAUUGGGUAUUAAAAUUUGCAAAGAGUAAAGUAUCCAAAAACACUGAUAUUAUUCCUGGUCAAGGCAACAGUAGUUCAGAUUGUGUAUGUACUGGUUAUAGAAGAACCGAAGAACACCCAAUGGGUGAAGGAAUUGUAUUCAAUAGUAGAUCUGCACCACAAAGUCCAAUUCUUGGUCCUCUGCCACCGAGUCCUGUGAUCGAUUUGUCAAGAUUUAAUCCAGAGGAAUUUCCUAUGGAGGAUUGCGACGAAAGGGCACGUUUACAACGAGCACGAGAGAUGGAAGAAGGCGUCGAACCUCCUCCUGGAUACAGACCUAAUUAUUCAUCGGGUAUACAGGUGCAUCCAAAUGGUAUAACAGUAGAUAGUUUGGCCGCGUUGUUUCAAGUACAUGCUGGUAUUCAAGUUGCUGCCCUUACUGCGUUAUCUCAAAUAGAUUUUACAUUAAUUCCAAAUAUUGAAAGACCUGCACAUACGCAGGUCGAUUAUGUGCAUUGUCUUGUACCAGAUUUACGGUCAAUAACAGCAUGCUCUUUUUAUUGGGGUAAAAUGGACCGUUACGAAGCGGAGCGUUUACUGGAAGGUAAACAAGAAGGAACCUUCUUAUUACGAGAUUCUGCACAAGAGGAGUUUCUAUUCUCCGUAAGCUUUCGAAAAUAUGGACGAUCUCUUCAUGCGAGAAUUGAACAAUGGAAUCACAAAUUUAGUUUCGAUUCGCAUGAUCCAGGCGUUUACGCAUCUGAAACAGUGUGUGGUUUAAUAGAACAUUACAAGGACCCAUCCUGUUGUAUGUUCUUCGAACCUAUGCUGACUAUACCAUUACAUCGUAAUUUCGCCUUUCCCUUACAACACUUGUGCAGAGCAGUUAUAACUACAAGAACUACAUAUGAUGGUAUAAAUAAGCUGCAGUUGCCAAAGACGCUUAAAAGUUAUCUCAAAGAGUACCAUUAUAAACAGAGAGUGCGCGUUAGGAGAUUAGACACAGAAAAUGAUUUACAGACAGAUACGAGAUCCAUAUCAUAUUUACCUUUAAUAUGAGCCUUUAUAUAUAAUGUAGAAAUAAUAUCGUUUGCUUUAUUAAUUUUUCCUUGCAUCUACAGUACUGCUACCACAGUCUUUUGUGGUGUAUGCACAACAUAAUAUCAAAGCUGAUAAUUUAUUUAAAAUUUUCAAAUGUCUCUGCAAUAUUAGCAAGUAAAGCGCACAUAUUUAGCAAUGUAUUCAGCAAAGAAAAAAAAAA